ACCCCUCGUGUUCCCCCUUUUUCUCUCCCCCGUUCUCCCUCCCUCCCUCCCUCCCUCUCUCUCUCUCUCUCUCCCCUCUUUCUUCCUUGCGGCGACGACUGGGCGAGCGCCGCCGCCCGUCACCAGGUCUUCGCCGGCGAUGAGCACCCAUCAGGUGACACUAUACAUCUGAUGUAUUCUUUUUCUUCGCUCGGUGUAAAAGUUUCUCUCCGCUCUGGUCAAGCUUGUCAAACAUAAAUACUCAAGUAGUGUCUGCACGUGAUUGGCAAAAUUAGUCAAGACGGGUGCUCUUUGCUGCGUGGCCGCUAGGCCACAUGGGACAAAGUCUAUUCCAGCUAGCAGAGAUUGUUCCAUGGAUCCUACUGAGCCUCGUUGGCGGAUGAACUCAAGCUUCUCUCCUCCAACGUCAAGGGGAUGGGACUGCCGUUAUUCAUCAGAUGGUUUGCCUCACAGAGUUCAUGAUGCUCCUCAUGAUCACCCACCUUAUGUGUCAUCAUUAUCAUCCCAUAGUAAAGGAAGCAGAAGUGCAUUUGGCAGUGAUCAGUACCUCAAUCACCAUCAUUCUAUAUCUGAUGGGGCACUUUCUUAUUUUGGGAGUCCAGCUGACAGCCUUCAGGCUCCACGCUGGACACCCUCUCUUCAAAGAUUUGAUCUCGGUGAAUUCUCUACCCCUGCAGGAGCUGGAUAUUUUCCUGCAAUGGUAGAAGCUACUAAAAGGCAUUGCUGCGUUUCUAAUAUUCCUUACCUUCCUGUUGAAUUAAUGAUUGCUUUAUUCAUUGAAUCAGUAUCAAGACCAGAAACUUCUGACUAUCCUCAGUCAAGUGAGAGGCAACUGACUGCCACGAGCAGUUUCAGUUCUGCAUCCCCAUUCUCAGAAUCAAGUCAGCUAGCAUCGUCUAGUAAACAACCAGCCCCGUAUCUACCUCGCAAUCAACUGGGUAGGCGAUCUUUCAUGUCAAAACCAGUCUACCCACUUGUCUACCGGAAUCCAGUGUCAGAAACAGAAGCGUCCAGGAUGCCUGAGGUUACUAAUGCUGGGCGAACAACACCAAGUGAUGAUAGCCAAGCUUCUCCUCUGUGGCAUCGCAGCUUGGCGAGUCCAGAGCUCAAGUUCCAUAAUGCAUUGAGUGAGCUUGGGAAGAUGGAGGCUUCGCCUGAACCAAACACAAGCUCAAGAAGGGAAGGAUUCAGAUGGAGCAAUGCCAGCAGUUAUGAUUUUGGAUACGAUGGGGAUGCCAUUGACAUUUCAGAUCAUAUAAGUAUCGAGUCCCAGAGAUCACCCACAAAUUCAGUGAGAUUCCUCAAGUGUGGGCUGUGCGAGAGAUUCCUGCGCCAGAAAUCACCCUGGACCUCGAACCGGAUUGUUCGAAACACUGACAUGCCAGUGGCAGCGGUCCUUCCAUGCCGACAUGUCUUCCACGCAGAUUGCUUGGAGGAAAGCACUCCCAAGACAGAAGUCCAUGAGCCACCCUGCCCCCUGUGCACGCAUGCCGCUGACGAUGAAGGGCAUGUGUCAUUCUCAGAACCUCUGCAUGUUGCACUCCGAUCUGCUCGCAGGAACCUUUCAUUGGGUGGUGGUGCUGGUGGGAGUAGCAGCAGCGCAAACCCUCCUUGCAGUGAUCACGGCUUGAAGAGGAACCAUUCUGCUAUCGUGCCGAGACGCAGUGGCAGCUCACUGUUCCGCAACCGCUUCAAGAGGCAGUUCCCCUUCAAAGCGAGGAUCGGAAAGGACCUCUUUGGCGGUAGGGUUUUCAAUAAGGUUGGAUCAUCUUCGUCGUCAGGUCAACAGGGUGAUAAUCAACAGCCAUCAGCAGCGAAGCAUGACCGAUCAAUGAAGUAGCUUGAACUUAGUGGCACAGAGUAUAUGUUGUGUGCCCUGCUGAUAUUUCAAUCCAUGUUAUCGUAUUCGGUAUAACCUAUCAUAGCAUGUGAAGCUCGCAUCCAUGCGCAGUAGUCGCCCAGGACAGGGUUUCCUUUGGAGGCUGCUUGCGUUGCAUUGCAUGUCGCACCCACCAUUGGCUAACUGUUGGCUAACUAUGAGGUGUAUUAUGAAUCCUUACAGUAAGAAUGAUGCCUAUGUUUAAUAUGUUCUGCCU